AUGUUACCUACCCGCGCUGAGGACUGCGAUGAGUGUACUCCGGCAUCACUCAGACACUCGACUGCCUUCGGACCUAAAGCAGCACUCUCGACGAUCCCCUUCAUCGCCACAUUCGCUUGUUUGACCUUCAUCGCCUAUAGAAAGGUCUAUCCUCUAUUGUCUCCCACUUCUACGAGGCCACAAAAUGGCGACAAAGGCCUCCCGCGACCGGCGACAUCUCCUCCCGAAGCCGCAACGCAGCAACUCGCUCGGCGCAUCGCGGCAAUCACUUUCUCUUCCACUAUAGCACUCUCUGCGGUCCUGACCGAACUGCUUUUAUGCGAGAUAUCGAAUUCCUUCAACCCUACAGCCAGGAACAUCGCAUUACAGGCAACAGUUGUGAGCCUCUUGGGGUUGCUGGUCGUGGCCAUUCCGUUGCUAGGCAUAUCUUCCGUUGUGUCAAAGUCGGGCUACAAGUUCCGUGGACCGGGAAGAAGUCGUGUCCGCCUGGCGUGGCUGCUUGAACUGGCUGGGUAUGGGGUCUUUUUGUCCGGAUUCUGGGCAAUCGGCGCCCUGCUACCUGUUUCUCCGGGCAUUACUGAGAGCAUCAGCCGGCGAGAUGGCCUGUUUCAAGCCUGCUUGGACAGGUUGGGUAUCACUGGCGUCUCCUUGAUGGCUCUGCUCUCCGGCUUUGCAUCGGUCAGUGCAAUCUGGCAGACGUUUGGACCCAAGACGAGGUUGGUUUCCGAGAGUGACAUCAACCGGAAACAAGCUGGACUGGAUGCUACCAUGGAUAUGAUAGCGGAGAAAAAGGAGCGACUGAGGGCCUUACAGAGGAAGAGUGCCGACACAUCGGACCAAGGAUUUUGGAGCCGGACAGUGGGCUCGAUACGCGGCAACGCAGAAACGCAGGAGAAGCAGACCCUCGAGAUGGAAAUUUCGGGCCUUGAGACCAUGUCCGCCUCACUUGAAACGUCGCUCGCAAUAUUGCGGCAGCGGAGAGCAGACCAACUACGAGCGACUACCCCCAUGGGUCGCAUGUCCCUAGUGUUCUCCUAUGUUUUUUCGUGCUACUGCAUCUAUCGAAUUUGCACGACCACCAUCAACAUCGGGCGUCGAAUGCUAUCAAGCAAGCCCGCAACGUCUUCUGAUACGGACCCUGUCACCGCCACAAUUGCGAUCUUCGCGCGGCACGUCUACCCUUCUUUGGACCAGGCAUCGUGGGCCCAGCAGAUCUCCUUUUUACUCUCCGGAGCAAUGCUUUUGGCGUCCUUCUCCGCUGUCACGCAGACCUUCCAUCUCUUUUCCCGAUUCAUGCCAACUGUGCUCCAUGCGACAAAGACCAAUUUUGCCCUCUUGAUCAGUCAAGUCAGUGGAAUGUAUGUCAUCAGCUCUGCCAUUAUGCUUAGAGGCAUGAUGCCCAAAGAGGUAGGCAGUGUGAUCAACAGCGCUUUGGGAGCCGGGCUGCUGGAACCUGCCUGGGUGCAGAAGUGGUUUGAUGGUUUCUUUAUGCUUGCCGUGGUCGUCACCGGCCUGGGUAUCUUUCUGGGAAGACAGAUUUCCGGAGCUGCCACGUGGGAAGAAGAUAUGAGUUAUGGUGAUGCCAUGGACUUGUCCAAACAGUCGUGA